GACGAGAGCCAUGUAAGUGUUGACAGGAAGUCUCGGGCCGAGAAAUGAAAUGCAAACGUGGUUUACAGAGCGACGGCGAUGGGUUCGACUAUUGUCUCGGAGCUAUUUGUGGCAGAUGAAGAUAGAACAGCAUGGAAACGCUUGUUUUCUUAUUUCCUCAAUUUAACUUGAUGGCCAAGAAGGAGGAAGCGUAUUUCAAAGGGCCACAACACGGGCGAGAAUCAACAAUGAAGGCUGACAGCAGCAGACAGCAAGACAAAGAGAAGAAAAGUCUCACCAGAUUUGGCUCUCAAGAAAAUGUCAAUUGCCAGAGAAAGACGACGUCCAGCAACAUCGCAGCAGCGACGGCGCUGCGAUGGAGUGACUCGUUUGAAGAGCUGAUGGAGAACGCAGAUGGCGUGGAAACUUUCUUUCAGUUCCUCCGCACAGAGUUCAGCGAGGAAAAUUUAGAGUUCUGGCAGGCGUGUGAAGAAUUCAAGACUUAUGACUCUGAGAAGAAGCUUCUGUCCAAGGCCAAGAAUAUUUAUGCUGUUUUUAUCGGGUCGGAUGCGCCCAAAGAGGUCAAUAUUGACUACGGCACCAAGAUGGCCAUCCAGACCAAUAUAGCACGUCCCACAAGGAGCUGUUUCGAUGCGGCCCAAAUGAAAGUCUACAGCCUGAUGAAAAAAGACUCCUAUCCCAGAUUCCUGCACUCCGACCUUUAUUUGCGCCUGGCCAGGCGGAGAGGGCCAGGAGCCUUGAUGUCUCGCAGAAGGUCACGCUCCUGCGUGUUCGACGAGCGAGGCGGCGGCGGCUCGGACGAGCCCUCGCCCCGGUAGCUGUAACAUUUCAGACGCGCUCGCUCGCUCGCUCGUAAAAACGACGGUGAUAAUCGGUGGCGAGCUGUGGAAUUUUAAUUGUGUAAUUUGUGUCGGAGAUUGUAUGUAUGUGUGCGCGAAAUGAAUCAUUUUCUUUUACAAUCGCACUGGAUUAUUCGAGCUAUCUCGGAGCCUGGCGACAAGCCCCGGAGACACACAAAUAGGAGAGAUUUGGAGGAAUCUGCCAUUUUAAUUAGGUCCUAAGACUAUGCAUUUGUGUAUUCAUGUGGCUCCAGCCCUUCCCUCAUCUACUCAGCAAAUUAAUCCCCACCAAGAACAUCGCUGGAUGAUAGUUCACCUCCUGAAUGCAAGUGGGAUCAUUUGUGCUCAUUUUGGGAAGCCGGCUGCUGUGCAGAACCCAAACAUUUCCACGAGUGCCAGGAUAUGUACACUUAAUUAGCUCAAGCAAUUAUCUGCUUGAUUGAAGACAAAUACGAGCACUCGAGUCCAUUCGUCAAUAACUUCUAAAGUUGGGGUGUCAAACUCCUUUUUUGGCGGGCCGCUUCUUUCGGACGGCCAUUCUGACUGUCAACCCAAAUAAAUGUAUGAGCACCUCAUAUUAUAUACA